CAGUAUUUCACUCUUUCAGAGGUAAAAGGUAAAAGGAGCAAAAUAUUUGUGUCUUCCGUUUGCCAUUUGAAUAGAAUUGAAGACGAAAAAGAAAUCAGAGCGAUGCCGUCUCUGCAAACCGCGCUGCCUCCUGAACUUGCCAACAACGUCAUUAGACUAUACCGCGAGUGCCUUCGAAGAGCCAAGUAUAUUGGUCACAGGCAACAUAAUACCGGACUUCUUGUUGAAAUGGUGAGGCAGCAGUUCAAAAAACACAAGCACGAGACAGAUCCUGACAAAAUUCAAAAGUUGAAGGAUGAUGCGGCAAGGGGUCUUAUAAAUCACAUGCUAUAUGAGUCUGAGAAGGUGUCUGGUCGUAAAUUCAGCCAGAGUUCUUGAUGUUAAGAAUUUCCCUUUCUGCGACUUUAGUUGGUAUGCCAUGGAGCUUUGGCCAUAAACAAAGUGAGGAUUAUAACCAUGGAGCUCUCCUUUUGUGGCUUCCAUGCUGUUGAUGCUUAUGCUUGUGCUAAAUGAAAUUUGAGAUGUGGGUUUUUCAAGCUUGUUCGCCUUUAACUAGAAAACCAAUAAUGAUGCAUUAUGAGUUGUCACUUGGGCUACAACAUUGAGACUUUUUUGUUUUAAAUUUUGGGUAUUUUGUAAUAUGACUUUCGCUGAUUAACUGACUGGUUCAGUAUAAAUAUUUAGUUUGUGCC